AUGAACGAUUCCGAUUCUGAGUCUCAAAAUUGCACAUAUGAAGCAAGUCCAAUUGAUCCAAUCAGUGUGUAUAUUUAUCUUGUUGCAAUUCCGCUGGUUUGUGUUAUUGGAUCUGCUGCGGCUGUUUUGUGUAUCAUUGUAUUCACAAGAAAACAAAUGAGGUACAGUUUCAUUUCACUUAAGAAAUCAAGUUUUGUUAUCGCUCUAUGUUUCGUAAACAUCAAUUUCCGUUGUAUUUUGUGUUAUGAUUAGCUGAAUUAAUAAGCGAGCACACUACGUAUCAAUAGUUGAAAAUGAUUAGUUUAGAAAAAAGUGCAAAAAUAUUAGUCACUAAUUGUUCUAAUUUUCCAAAAGAAAAAAAAUUCCUCAUGAACUUAAUUUAAAAUGUUGCAUUUCUUUCAGAUCAUCUUUGAAUGUAUAUUUGGCUGGAUUAUCAGUGUUUGAUUUCAAUGUGCUGCUAUUCAGUUUUCUAAUCUACAUGCCAUUGCAAGGUUGCGUUUUGCAGGUAAAAUGUUGCUUUUGAUUUCAAUUACCAAUUCUAACCUAUGAAAUAUUCAUAUUUAAUGUUUAAAAUAAACCAACCUAAAUAAAAAAUCUCAUAAUUUCUGAUCGACCAAUUCGAAUUUCUAAUUCAAGAAAAAGAAAAAAGUUUGUGUUUUUGACAUGUUUUCUAAUACGAACAUUGAUAUUCAAAAAUUGUAUCUAGAACUAGACAUGUCAUAUUUUUCUUUUUCUUCUUUUUUUUGAGUACGGGAAAUGCACAUAAUCAUUUUGCAAUUAUCUAUUCAAGACCAUAGAAAACAUUUCUAGGUAAAGUAUUUUUUGCAGUCGACAGAAAAACAUUGUCAAAUGGGGUUCACCCAAGGGAAUUCAUGUGUGUGUGUGUGUGUCGAGUAAUUUUGCCAAUACGACUUGUGGUAAACUAGAAUGAAAAAAGGAUUAACAGAAAUCAAGAAAACCUUUUCGAAUAUAUUAUAUUUCCUGGAACAAGAGUUUUGUUUAUAAAUCCAUGUAUAUUUUAUUUCAUGAAAAAAAGGGGAAGAGAAAGAGACAGGAAGUUAAUUUGUUCAAAAAAUAAAACGUGAAUAACUAAAGCUUGAUGUUAUAAUCCGGAAAUAUAUAAUCAUUUUUGAAAAGUUCGAACAUCUUCUGAAUGCGAAAAACAAUAACAUAAUGUUUCAGGGUAAUACAAACACUCGGAUAUGUCAAUUUUUCUGGAAUUCCACACCAUACACUCUUCCAAUUUCGAAUAUAGCACAAUGUGGAAGUGUUUGGACAUGUGUUGCUGUAACAGUUGACCGAUUUCUAGCCGUGAAUUACCCGCUACAUAGUAAAAUUUGGUGUACACCAAGAAAGGCAUUGACGAUUCUGACAAUCAUCACAAUCUGCAGUAUUCUCUAUAAGGUUUGUUUGAAGUUUUUCGAGAUUCUUUUGUAAUUUUUGGUUUUUAGGCUCCUGGCUUUUUUGAACUCUCCAACAAUAGUUGUGGCCAACUUCAUGUCACAGCUUUAAGAGCAAAUGAACUGUAUAUCAAAUAUUAUGUGAUUUAUGGAUAUAUCAUUGUUAUUGUGUUGAUUCCUUGGACCACUAUGAUUAUUUUAAAUAUAUUUGUAGUGAACGCCGUUCAUAAAGCUUACAAAAUCCGAAGAUCUAUGCAAAGCGGCAAAAACAAUCAAGAAGAGAAAGAUCGAAGGUGAGUCUUGGUCUGUCUGGAUCUCAGAAUAAAUGAGAUUUUUAAUAACUCAAGAUAAAAUGAAUUCUUGCUGCUCCAAGAUGCAAAAAAUGCUCAUCUUGAACUAUUUAUAUGAAAAAAACUCCCACAUUCAUUUCAUCUCAUUUCAUUUUAUUUCAAUUCAUUUUGAAAAAAAACAGAAUGAACAAAGAAAAAAACAAAGAAAAAACAUACAUAGUUAGUAAUUCAAUAGAUUCACUAUUUUUAGCAUUCAAACAAAAAUUUGGAACUGAAAAAAACAUUGGGUUCGAAAAAAAAAACAAUACAUAUGUAUGUAUGUAUGUAAUAAACUGUUUUAGUUUAAGGUGCACUUUAAUGGCAAUCGCAAUGGUUUCAACAUUCUUGAUCUUCAAUGCACCUGCAGCUGUCAAUAACUUAUCCGAAUUUUUUUCGGUUAAUUUGGGAUAUUGGGGACCAAUCGGAAACUUGUUGGUGUGUGUGAAUAGUGCUUCAAAUAUUGUGAUAUAUUCAUUAUUCGGCGCAAGAUUUAGACACAUGUGUGUUUUGAUGUUAUGUGGAAGGAAUAGCAAAUGGAUGGAUUGGCUUAAAGUUGGCAGGUAUAUAGUUUAUUUUGUAGAGUGUACUAUCAAAAAACACUCUUUCAAAAUGUCAAUAUUAAAUUUUAGAAGUAUGGUCAGUGACUGGGAUGCCAGAGAUGGAACAACACGAAAAACAAGUCUCGACGCGUCAACAGCUCUUCUCAGCGCAAGAGUAAGUUUCAUUUUCCAAUGUGUCAAAAUAGUACACAAUUUAUUGGGUACUAUAUUGCAUUUUCAGCGGAUGACCUUUUCACAUUUUAUAACAUAUCCAAUUGUAAGUUUGUGUGCAAUGAUUAUUUGAUAAUGAAAUGAAAUGAAUUGAAAUGAUAUGAUAUGAUAUGAUAAUGCAUGGUGUUUCCUAUUCUUAUCCUUAUUUUAAUCUUUCCUUACUUUUCCUUAUUUUAAGAAAAAACAACAAUUUGAAAGAAAAAAAAACAAACAACUUUGAAAAGUUUGAAACUCGAUUAGUGUGUUUAUAUUUUGGUUAACGAACGUUGAACAUUGAAACCAAAUAUAUAUGUUUUUCAGAGUUCUCGACGAUGGAGCAAAAGAAGUCAAAGUGGAGCAACACAAAUGGCAACAAGAAAAGAUACUGUAAUAUAUACAAGUUCACAAAAUCGAUUGUCCCUUCAAAACGCGCCUCCGUGA